CCGGAAGCGCACAAAACGAAAAAGCGAAGCGAGCGUGCAACGGUCCUCGGCGCAUCCAAUCAUAUUACCCUCCCUCCUUCACGAGAAAAAAGCUCCUUCCCUUUCUCUCUCUCUCUCUCUCUCCGCGCUCCGCAUUUUCUCGAGAAAAUGAGGGAAAAGAGCUUCUUCUGAGAGAGGACAAAAGAAGAAGAAGAAGAGGAGAAAAAAAAUCCUGAGCUGCUUUGCCAGAUGCUCUUUCGUUCCGCUCCUCUCGAGCUCGCGCGACGAUGGCCGACGAUCUCUGCUCCUUCUCCAAGGAGUCUUUCGGCAUCAAGUCCGUGAAGAAAUCUCCGUUGGUGCUGCGGAUGGUGGUCCUGGUCUUCGCGACGAUUUGCGGCGUUUACAUUUGCUCGAUUUGCAUCAAGCAAAUUGGCUUUCAGACCAAGUCCGGCCUUUUGAACGUGCAAGUGAUCAGGAGUCCAUGCCCGGAACCGACGAUCGAGCCUUGGGAAAUCCCUUAUAUGCACUAUCCCAAGCCCCAAACUUACAGCAGGGCUGAAUGCUCGUGCAAUCCUGUACGGUACUUUGCCAUUUUGUCGAUGCAGAGAUCCGGUAGCGGGUGGUUUGAGACAUUGCUGAACAAUCACACAAAUAUUAGCUCAAAUGGAGAAAUUUUCUCUGUUAAGAUUAGAAGGAGCAAUAUUUCCACGAUAACGGAGACUUUGGAUAAAAUUUAUAACCUGGACUGGAUGAGUAGCGCAUCGAAGAACGAGUGCACAGCUGCUGUUGGCUUAAAAUGGAUGCUUAAUCAGGGUUUGAUGCAGCAUCAUGAAGAAAUAGCAGACUACUUCAGAAACCGGGGUGUUUUGGCUAUUUUCCUCUUCAGAAGAAAUCUUUUGCGCAGGAUGAUAUCAGUGCUUGCAAAUUCCUAUGAUCGAGAUGCAAAGCUACUAAAUGGCACUCACAAGUCUCACGUGCAUUCACCCCACGAGGCUGAGAUACUUGCAAGAUAUAAACCUUCAUUGAAUUCUACCUUGCUUGUAGCCGACCUGAGGCAAGUACAAGAGAUGACAGCAAAAGCCCAGGAGUACUUCAAGAGCACCAGGCAUAUUGUCCUCUAUUAUGAGGAUGUUGUGAAGAACCGCACUAAAUUAGUAGAUGUUCAAGAUUUUCUCAAGGUUCCGCGCCUGGAUCUGAAGAGUCGCCAGGUCAAGAUACACAAGGGUUCUUUAUCAAAUCAAGUCGAAAACUGGGAUGAGAUUCAAAAGACGCUGAGAGGAACACAAUUUAAGAGCUUUCUUCAUGCAGAUUAUCGGAAAUAAAGCGUUAGGAUCUUGUACAUAUUAAUUCUUCUCCAUAAUUUGUUUCUUCAUUUUUUUUUUUAAGCAGGUGCCCACAGGUCCGCCACCCUGUUGAAAUUUUGUUCAUGGCAACUGCAUUUUGGUUAUCUUUCUUUCUUUCUUUCUUUUUCAUUUACCUUAUCUUCCCUCUAAAAUUUUAAUUAUAUUCAAUUAAUUCUUUUUUUCCA